UUAUUUAUCUUAUCACAACGAAGUUUCGAACGAUAGGGCAUAUAACACACGUUAUCGAUAAAAAAACAGCUCAUAUUGGUUCUUACAUUUGUGCAAUUUGUUUUGAAUUUGGAUUUCAACGAUUUGAAAAUGUCACACAAUCCAUGGCCCCACGGUCCGCCUCACCCGCCGCCGCCGUACCACCCGGGGUACUCGUACCCGCCGCCGCCGGGAGGGUACGCCUACGUUCCUACUCCGGUGAUGAUGCCCGUGCCGGCUAUGCCCGUCUAUCCCGUGGUACAGCCGCAGCCGACUCCGCACCCGGCGCCGCCGAGCUAUGUGCCGCCGCCGCAUCCCCAACCUUAUGCUGAUCCGAUAGACUGGGUGCCAGCGACCGGCUUCUCUGCUCCCGGUUUAGUGGAGCGAGCAUUCGUAGCCGGCAAGGAAGCUUGGGACGGUAGUCCGCUCUGUGUUAUCAGGGCUCACCACAGUGGGGAGCUAGUCCCGGGAAAACUGGCUAUUAAACACCGCUCUGCGUAUAUACCGCACGGAGGGAAGGAGGUCCCGGUGCACAAUUUUGAGGUUCUAUGCGUACCUGAGCACAUGGUGCACUGGGUGACAGCCAGCCACGGCAGCGUGCCCCCCGACGCCAUUAUAGCCGGCAACACGCACAACGCGGAGCCUCUCUACAUAUGCCGCGUGAAGCACAUGAGAUCCGUCACCCCUGGAAAGGUACACCCUAGCCACGGCUGUGCGUAUAUCUCGUUUGGAGGCAGCGAACAUUCCUACAAGCACUACGAAGUUCUUUGCAAAGUUAACACAUCUACGUGGCGAUAGGGAAUAUUGAAAUCUUAUGGUGCUCUCACAUUGACAUUACGAUACAAGUGCGUAAAAAAGGAAGUUCGAAACGAGUGGAGAUAUUAAAUUAAAACACGACCGAAGGGAGUGUUUUAAAGUCGAGACGAGUUACGAAUUUCCUUUUCGCACGUGUAUCGUA